AUGUUUGCUUUCCUCACAGGAUAUGUGUGCGCAAUCAAACCACUGCGACAAGCCAAAUCGGGACAGAUCCCAGCUGCCUUGGUGACACUCGGCAAAUCAGCUUUUCGCCGACCACCGCGUCUAAUCAUGCCCGCGACGAUUGCUCUGAUUAUUGCAUGGUUCUUCGCGCAGAUUGGAGCGUUCGAAGUUGCUCAUCUAAGUGACUCCCACUGGUUCCGACGCUCAGUUCCCACAAACAUCGGCGGUCUCGACACCGAAAUCCCACGCCUGAUCAGGAACUUCCAGAUGUCAUGGUCUGGUGCCAACAAUGAAUACGAUGACCACCAAUGGGCGCUUCUUCCACUUCUUCAGGGUGCCUUCACCAUCUACGUCCUACUAUUUGCGACCGUCUUCAUGAAGUUCCGCAUGCGUUUCUUCACAUGCUGCGUUCUGUUCCUCUGGUACUGGAUGCGAACCAGCCCUGAGAAGGAGACAUUCGAAUGUCAAUUUAUCUACGGCGUUAUGCUUUGCGAUCUUGGAUCCGAGAAGAACUUCCGUGACUUCGUCAACAGCCACCCGAAGGCUCGCCGAACAGUGCUUACUACUCUGAUCGUUGUAGGGUGGUACGUUGCAUGUUUUCCGGGAGAGCACUGGGAAUGGUCACUUUGGUCCAGGCAACUCGAAUGGAUUGGACACUUCCUCAUUCCCGAAGGUGCUGGUAGCUACCCGAAGCGAUUCACUGCCAUUGGCUGGGACCUUAUGGUCACUGGUAUCUGGCUAUCGCCCACCCUCCAGAACAUGUUCUCGAACAAAAUUUUCAUGUGGGUUGGUCGCAACAGCUUUGCGGUCUACCUCACACACGGAACCGUCAUGAAAGUCGGUCUCGCACGUCUGAUCUACGGCUGGUCCACCAAGCCAUACUGGGUCGAGCAGCCACCUGCUGAGGGCGAGGGCGAGGCUAUCGCUCACUGGAUUCCCCGUUCGUCCAACUGGUUCGUCUGGGCGCUCGCGAUCCCGACAUUCUUCGUUGUCGAAUACACCCUUGCGCAUCUCUGGACCACGUACAUCGACUCAUACUGUGCCAAAGCCACAAAGUGGCUCGAAGACACAAUGUUCGAGAAGGAGGAGGACGAGAAGAACAGCGUUGCCAACAUGGCAUAA